UUCAAACGCAUCGCGGGAAAAAUCCGCCGAACCGAACCUCAGGAUGAGUCAGCAGUUCCACGUGCUCAGGUGUGUCACGUGUCAGAGCUUCCAGGUCCAACAGGUGAAGAAGGUGAGCAGGUGGAGCUGUAAGCUGUGUGGAGAGAAGCAGUCGCUGCUGAAGGAGUUUGGGCGGGGCUCCGGGGCUGACUGCAGACGUCAUGUUCAGAAACUAAACGCCAUGAGAGGAGCCAUGAUGGAGGAGCAGGAGCAUGACACCUGGUCGCUAUGGAACAUGUCAGAGCAGCAACCUGAGGAGCCAAGUGACCCCCAGGUGAGCCACGCCCAGGUGAGCCGCCCCCAGGUGAGCCGCCCCCAGGUGAGCCGCCCCCAGGUGAGCCGCCCCCAGGUGAGCCACCCCCAGGUGAGCCACCCCCAGGUGAGCCGCCCCCAGGUGAGCCGCCCCCAGGUGAGCCGCGCCCAGGUGAGCCUCCCCCAGGUGAGCCUCCCCCAGGUGAGCCCCCCCCAGGUGAGCCACGCCCAGGUGAGCCACGCCCAGGUGAGCCACCCCCAGGUGAGCCUCCCCCAGGUGAGCCUCCCCCAGGUGAGCCCCCCCCAGGUGAGCCGCUGGAGCAAAUACCUGGACACACCUGAGGAGACGGAGCCAGAGGAGAGUAUGUUGAAGGACAGGCAGCAGCUCCAUGGCAACCAGCUCCAUGGCAACCCCAGGUGUGUUUGA